AUUAGUCCCAAAGCUUUUCACCAUGAGCAAGGACUCGCGGAAAGGAAAGACUACAGCGCCAGAGCGGAAUCUUCCAGACCUUAUCCCUCUUGGCAGGGCUCCAAGUAGGCCUAUCAAGUCAUCCUCGAAGUUAGAACCACAGCUCCUCAAAGGCAUCUCAAGCUCCACAGCCUCUCCUUCAGCGCACACACCGCCUCUCGACUCACCCUCACAAAGUACGCCGGAUUCUUCAAACGAGGGAGCAUCACUGCCAGCGCAAAAGAGAGUCCGUAUCAGCUCUGCAUCAACCGGCAGCAACAGCGCACCAUCCACGCCACCCAGAAUCAAGACUGAGGAAUCAACACUUAAAUCUGCCCUCAGGAAACUUCCAGCCCAGCAAACACAGGGCUAUCAUCAGCAUCAGGAGCAACAGACCGGGCCAAAGAGCCUUUGGUCUCUUACGCGGAAUGUCAAAAUCGAGCAAGAGACGGGUUUGGUCAAUUUGCGCCAAGUUGACGAAGAAGUGUACAAAUCAUUUUCACGGACUUCAUGGGAGACACCACCUCCGUUUCAACAUAUUCGGGCUGCAUUGCAAUAUCUUAAGUUCAAUGCUCUUAAGCCAGAUCCUGUGAUCACCUCUGGACUUCUCCGACUCGGACAGGCGAUGCCUGCGCUGCUUAGGGACCAAACAAUAUCCACCAUUAUGAUCCAGAUGCUGCGACCCGAGUUCACGCACAGUUUCAAGAUCAGGACUAAUGGAGCGGUAGUCUUUUUGAUUUGCGCACUCCUGCAUCUUGCCUGGAAUGAAAUCGAAGACUGGCCAACAGAUUUUGUCAUGGCAUAUUUAGAGGAUGCAUUGGGGGAGCGCUCAUGGUGCGCCCAUGCAGAUACAGAGACAUUUGUGCGCAAUAUCCUGACUGCGUUUCGAACAGAUGAUCCGCUCAGCAGUGCAGAGGAAAAGCUGGACGCGGUUCGCCUGGAUGAAAAGACUACGGCAUCAGCGGUCAUGGUGACAAUUGAUUUCCACCAAUACACCAAGUCGCUGAGUGUCAGAAAGCGGUACAACGAACCAGGCGCGAAACACAACAUCAAGCAGGUUACCCUACAGACUAUGUGGGAGCAUAUUCCUAUGGCCAUUGGCGUAAGCGCAGUGGAAACCUCGGUGCGGAGUUUGAUAAAGGUCAUGAUAGUUACUUGUCGGUGGGUCGAGGUCCGACUAAAAGCAAUGAGCUGCAUGGAGUUCUGGCUCGGAAGUUUUCUAAAAAGCGCCAAGCCGCUUCUCCGACUUGUCCUCCGGCAGAUUAGCACACAGGAAGUAAUGUCAAAAGAGGACCUCGAAGCCUGGACGAUGCUACUCGAUUUUCGCUACAAAGGAAGACCUCAUCAGGUGGAGACCGUCAAGGAAGAGCUCCGCGUCGUGCUGCUCGGACUCUCCAGCGGAGAACUGAUCCGGGCAGGCCUGAACCAUAUCAUGGAAGUGGAGAUGAAUCCGAACGAGCUUAAGAACCCAUAUCAUCUAGACUUGAUGGAGCUCCUUUUGCAGGCAAUCCCUGACAAUCCAGGAGUCGCGUUUGGGCAGCUAAUACAGGGAUACGUUACCGACGCUGCGCUUCAUAUGGGAGGAUCCGCCGUCAGCCCGCCAUUGGCACCAAUAAUUCUGGUUGUCAAGCGAUGGAUACGGCACCUAGGCAAGAGAAGCCUGUCAUGGACGGCAGAUCUGGUUGUCGGUCUUUUGAAGGACGGGCCCUCUAUCACGCGACUUGGCCAGAAACAGGAGCAGCAACAACAUUUGCAUAUCCCACCGGGUGGGCGAAAUAUACCUACGCUGUGGCUCUUGUUGGUUACCGAGGUUGUGUGCAAUGUGAUGAUGGCGACGGCGAUGGAAGCAAAAGAAAUGAAGGACAUCAAAGCAAGCAAGUUUUCGAUUGAGCACGUUCACAGCUUUACGCUUCGGUGGUUCCAGACCAUCAGCAACGUUGGUGCGGUCGUUGGAGUUCCAAGCGAAGGAGACAUCUGCAAGACGCCAUUUGGACCUAUACCCUUGAAUGCCCUGAGAACCUGCAUCACAAGGCUACUAUUCUUGGAUCCACCGCAGAGCUAUGCCAUGGAUUCGAGCUCUCAAGAAUUCGAUACGACGCUGAUAUGCAAAGUCAUUGAGAAUGGACUGCCCUUGACGGAGGCAGGACUUUCGGCAUUAUUGGGGAUUCGACUUCCGCACAAAAUGCUCCUCUCAAUUGUUGGAGAGUACGUCUCCAGAGCCACCGAUCUAUCUCGCUUUUACCCAGAGAGUUGCGCGGUCAAGAAUCCAGAGAUCGUCGUCAAAAUCUUUGAUCUCUCCCGAUUUUGCGAAACGAAUAACAGUCAGGUGCUGAAGCUUGCCAGUGAUGUCCCUUUAGCCUGGAUCCAAUCCUUCUGGACGUGCUGCCUUAUAACAGCAAUGCUUGCGAGCUGUAAUCCAAGAAUUCUAGCGCUGGUCGUAUGGGAUUCCAUGCCGGUGGUUCGCACACUUCUGGAGAUUUGCAUCUCUCAACACUAUUCCUUUCCGCCUCCCAACUAUACUCCGCGCUCAGAGCCGUCAUCGGAGCGUCUUUUGAGGCUCAGCAUCCAGGCGGAUCAGAAGGAUCAGGAGUGUGUAUUGGCGUGGGAAAAGGAUGCGAUAGUUGUGCAAGGUGAAUGGAAUGAGUCUCGUGGGGAUGCUACACUGCAAUUGAGUGAAAGCGAGUACGUUGGAUGGCUCAUGUGUUUGGAUUUCGGACCCAGCCAGCCGGCAAGGGCGCCACCACCAGAGAUCAUGCAGCAAUUGCGAGGGAUGAAUGAGCGAUUUGGUCUGGGAAUGAAGUUAGCCAGCUCGAGAGACCCCGACUACCUCGGAAGGAUGGUAGGGAGUAACGAUGAUGCUGCAUGGGUUGAUCGGUUGCUUCGAGAGGUGCCAGAGAUCCUCAACGCACUGCCAGCAUCAACACUCUGUGCCAGAUACUGCCGGUCGAUUGUCAUGGGACACAAGGGGGCCGCGGGGGUCAAGGGCGAACCUAGUACCACAGGCGGAGCAGUGGAUUCCAACGUGCAAAGGAAACUGGUCGGAUAUCUGGAGAGUGUGAUGGAUAAUGAUAACAUGCAUGGGGUCGUAUAUGAUCACCCCACACAGGAUCCACUGCAGCGCUUCCAGGAGGUUCGGGAUAUUUUUGAGUACUUUUUGAUUCGUCUUUGUCCUUUGCCAUCGUUGGGUGCGUCAGAGGCCGAGGACACUGUGCAAGGGACAAAGUUGGCCAUGAAUGCGUUAUUUAAGGGCGAUCUAUCCUGGCCGAAUGUACUUCUACGGACGGUUUACAGGACGCCAGAGACAGGGUUCUUCAGCAAGUGUCUGCAGUGGAUUGAGAACUUUGUCGCUUCAGAGACCAGUAUCGAAUGGCUUGCACGUAGCCUCAAUUUCCUGUUGCAGGUCGAUGGGGGAGAAGGGGAACAGGUGCUCGAGCAAAGCCUGCUGACGAUCUCGCGAUUACUGACUGGCCGCCUCUUUGUGUUUGAAUGGGUUGUCAACGAGAGGGUUGGGAUUCUGAGGAAACUGGCAGGACGGGUAAAUGAGUUCUUCGCGAGGCAGGACAGCAUCAUGGAGAAUGUGUCGGUAACAGGCGCUGACCGUGUGAUGCCGCUGACCCCCGUUCGACCCAAGGUACAAGUUGAGCUGUCGGGUGGCAUGAUGAUGAGCACCUAUCCUGAGAUUCUGAGGCUGGCGCUACUCAUGUUGUCGGUCGGCGAUAUCAACAAGCAAACGGAUUCUACGUGGAGCAGACUGUUUAAGGAUUCCAGUCAAACUGACCCAGGAAUACCCAAGCGACUCAAAAAUGGAGCAGCGCUUUUGUCUUGCGAUCCUCCCAUGCAGAAUGAUCUACAGUUCAGACUGCGCCUUGUUCAGUACACCCAAUAUAUAGAAGUCGUGCGAGUGGCCAUGGAUGGACUGAGCCUUGUGGAGGUGAUUGAUCUUUCAAAGGAGGCCUUUGGAGUCGAUGUCAAAAUCGCUCAGGUCAUGCACGAGGUUCUCCUGACAGCGAUGGAGGAAGAGAAGCAGCACAAUGUGCCCGUACAUCUUGAGAAGGCUACAUCUCAAAGACUUCUGGUCCUUCUCAAGUAUUAUGCGGAUCAAGGCAGUUCCUCAAGUCAGUCUACAUGGGACAUUAUAAGAACCAGGAUUGCCUUCAAGUCCUUGUCAGUCUCGACGCCAAUGGCCACACAAACGGCGGCCGCUGUUCUACCUAAUUUCUUUGAGCUGGCAGCUCGUGAAUAAAAUACCGCAGGUCGCAGCCCCAGUCAUAUCGCAAACGCAAAAAUGUCCAUUUGAUGCUGCAAUCCGCAAUGGC